ACAACCCACAGCUGUGGCCACGGACAGAUAACUGCAGCGGAAUGGUGCGAGAAGUAUAAAAACUCGUUGCAAUCUAGCAUACGAUGCCCGAUAAAUAUAAAGUAUUACAUGGAGGAAGAGAGACUGUGCAAUCAGCUGGGCUGCUCAUACCAUACAUCCAAGUGCAAGAAUAAAUCUAUCGUUUAA